UCAGUCUUGCACAGGUGUAACGGCUCCUCCCCUUCAGUCUUUCACAGGUGUACCGGCUCCUCCCCUUCAGUCUUGCACAGGUAUACCGGCUCCUCCCCUUCAGUCUCGCACAGUUGUACCCGUUCCUCCCCUUCAGUCUCACACAGUUGUACCGGCUCCUCCCCUUCAGUCUUGCGCAGGUGUACCGGCUCCUCCCCUUCAUUCUCUCACAGUUGUACCGGCUCCUCCCCUUCAGUCUUGCACAGGUGUACCUGCUCCUCCCCUUCAGUCUUGCACAAUUGUACAGGCUCCUCCCCUUCAGUCUUGCACGGUUGUACCGGCUCCUCCCCUUCAGUCUUGCACAAUUGUACAGGCUCCUCCCCUUCAGUCUUGCACAGGUGU